AUGUCCGACCUCCGCAGAUACGGGUCCUCGGGCGUGCACACCGUCGAAGGCGUCGUCGCUGGCAAGCGCGCGGCGAGCCUCGCCAAGCAGCGUGAGCAGCAGGAGCAGGAGUUCGUGGCCAAGAAGCAGCAGAUCGCGGCCGACAAUGCCCGUGGGUCGCGCAUCGACAAGAGCUUCCUCUCGCACACAGAUGCAUCGUCUGAAGCCGAGUUUAAGCGCCAGACGAUCGGCCUAGUGACUGCUGCAGAGUACCGGAAGCGCCGCGAAGACUGCCUCGCGCCGUCCGAGCCGGCCCUUGAAGCCACUAAGAUGGGGGAUGGGUCGGUGGUCAAGCCAGCACCAAAGAAAAAGAAGAAGAAGGCGACCAUGUCCUUCUCGCUCGACAGCGACGACGAGACGGACGCGCCUGCGAAGCGAAAGAAGCUCAAGUGUCCGUUUGUCGAAACAGCGUUCCUUCCGGACCGGGACCGCGAAGCUGCGCUCGAGGAAGAGAAGGCCGCACUGCAGAAAGAGUGGGUCGAGACCCAAGAUCGCAUCAAGAAGGAGCUUUUGAGCGUGACGUUCAGCUACUGGGACGGCGCCGGGCAUCGGCGCGAGCUAAGCGUCGAGAAGGCGACGCCGAUUGGCAAAUUCCUCGAGCUCGUGCGCAAGGAGCUCGCGGCCGAGUUUCCCGACAUUCGCACCGUGAGCAUCGACGACCUCAUGUACAUCAAGGAAGACCUCAUCAUCCCGCAUCAACUGUCGUUCUACGACCUGAUUGUGACCAAGGCCCGCGGCAAAACCGGCCCGCUGUUCCACUUUGACGUGCACGACGACGUGCGCUUGGUCAACGACGUGCGCGUCGAGAAGGACGAGUCGCAUCCAGGCAAGGUCACCCAUCGCCUGUGGUACGAGCGCAACAAGCACAUCUUUCCCGCGUCGCGCUGGGAAAUGUACGACCCCAACGUGCCCCGACACGCUCCGUACUCCCGCAAGAGCUAG